GGAUUGAGUUAAUAGCCGCGUCCCAGCCCAACGACGCGAAACGGGCCAAGUUGAAUCGGUAUCCCCGGUUCAAUGGUUCUAAUUCAUCCUGUCCCAACUGUGCAGACAUCCUGGAGCCGAAUUGCCUAGCGCUCUCGGUCCCGUUGUUGACGGCUGUUACUAGGAACGGGACUUGUCCCAUGGUCUCGGAUCUCCGUCCCAAUUCUAGCUCAUUGGCUUGUCCUUUGCUUUAGUGCUUGGUCCCACUUUAGCCUGAACCUGCAACACCCUGCCCCAGAAUACCUGCGUCUGAGCAUCGUCCGCAUUCUCGGUGUCUGAUUCCUCAGGCAGAGUCGCUCGAGGCUAAGGCAGGCAUGGCUGCGGCCCGGCCCGAACCGACAACACCGAGGAAGAACCGGCCCGAUUCGGUGGACAAGAUCAUUUGCAACCUCAACCUCGAAUAUAAUCUUGCCAUUGAGCUUCCGGACAAGUCGCUCACCCCGUCCCAUCGGAGACAACGCGCCAGGUUUGAUGCGGGCUUCGACCUCUGCGACAAGAUCUACAGAGGCAUCCACUUUCUCUACUAUCAAAACGAGACAGCCUUGUCCAAUGUCCUUCAUUCUUUCCACUAUGAGUCCAAGGCGGCGUGUCAGAAAUGGGUGCCUAAGCCAAGGGCAGAUCCCGAUUCCCUGCCCUCUUCUACUGAUGCCUGCAGAGCUAGCUCUCCCGGUGAGCGGCUUGAGCUGCAAACACUCCUGUUGGGGCUCAUCGAUCGGCUCAAAGCUUCUCUUCAACAACCCCGCUUGACAAUGGCCCCGGUAGUCGAGGAUCAGCCUGAUGGUUAUACGAGCGUCUCGCCGCCGUCCAAGUCCAAGCGGCCGGCCCGUGAAAAGCCAGAUGGAUCCAUCAAGAGGGUCAAAGGUGGCCAACAACAGCAGCAGGAGGAGGAGGAGGAGGAGGCUCAACAGCUCUUCGACGCCAUUGAUGAGGUACCUGUGCGGCAGAAGGUUGGAAUAUCAAGGCUCCCAGAUCCGAGGCCAAACUCGGGGGCAUUGACGGCGCGUUCAACCUUGAUGCGGAAUCUUGACACGUCCCUUUACAGGGCCUCGGAAAACACCAGCAAGGUGUCAAUGUUCCCCUCGAUCUUCUCGGAGGAUGGCACCCCGCCUGAUACCCAAAGCACAGUUGAGGCGACCAGGGAAGAGAAGAAAAGACUGGCAGUCUAUGCAUCUUCCCAAGACCCUUUCCGGCCAACGUCCUCAAUCUUGCGUGCCUUAGCCGAAUCGGUCUCCUGCUCCGAAGAGACUAGGGUAGACGGUAGAGCACUAGACCAAAAUGCGUCGCGUGUUACUGCUCAUGUUGGAAAACAGCACAUCACGGGCUUGCCUGGCCCUAGCACCACCUCCCCAAGUGUUUCGGACGUGCCUGAUAUGCCAAUGUCUGAUGAUGGGACGCCGUCUCCACAAACCAAUCACACCGUUUCAGUCGGUGGGCUAGCUUCUCUCGAGGAUCGACUGAAAUCCGUGUGGCGUAAGUUCCUUGCUGGACGAUCCUAGCCAGUGCCUUGGUGCCGCUAUUGCCCUGUUCUGACCAUCGACUAGCCGCUUUCCCGCCAUGGCUUCACAAGGCGCCCCUUGCCGUUGCUUGGGAGGUUACCCGGAUUGCUCUCCACUGCAGCGUUGAUCUUGGAGGCCUUAAUAUGCAAUAUGAUCCUUCGUGGGCGGACCCAGGAUCCCCAAUGAAUGUCCGCAAAAGCCUGUAUCAGCACCUUGACUUUGCUGGCAAGUCUUUUCCAGAGAAGCCCAGCACCGAUGCCUGGGCUGCCAGCCUAGGCGACUUCCGAUCACGCGACAUGGUUGUUGUUCUUUCCAUGUCGAUAGACUUUAAUCAAGCCAAAACCGGCCCUCCCUUCUUCAUUCAGAUGCAGCCGUUGAAAUUGGACUUGGGAUGCCGCCUCAACAGGCACUUUGGGCCCGAUCGUUUCCUCGAAGUCAUCAUGCCCUCGCCGGGUUCCCGGAAGCCUCCGUUCAAGGGCGAG